AUACGUAAUGAAGAAACAAAAUAAAAAAUCCAUAGCAAUGCCUAUCAAAUUAUUAAAUCUCCUUCCUUAUAUUUUCUUCUUUGCUUGUGGUAUUAUUUUCACUCUUUAUUUCACAAACUUUAGUGUCAACUUACAAAUCAUCAAUGGCCAAAUUUUAAACUAUUCUUCUUCUAAUUCACAACCAUUAUCACCACCACCACCACCACCACGAUCGAUAAUUCCUCGAUUAGGGUUGGCUGAUUAUAUUAAACCAAUUAAUGUUGAACAUGAUAUGAGUGAUGAAGAGUUGUUAUGGAGAAGUUCAAUGGUGCCAAAAGUUAAAGAAUUUCCAUUUAAAAUAGUACCAAAAGUGGCUUUCAUGUUUUUAACAAGAGGGCCAAUUUUGUUAUCACCACUUUGGGAGCUAUUUUUUAAAGGACAUGAAGGACUUUAUUCAAUUUAUGUACAUUCUGAUCCUUGUUAUAAUAAUAAAUCACAAGUUGAUGAAAGUUGUAUUUUUCAUGGAAGAAGAAUUCCAAGUAAAGAAGUUGAAUGGGGCAAAGUAAAUAUGGUUGAGGCUGAAAAAAGGCUACUAGCAAAUGCUCUUCUUGAUAUUUCUAACCAAAGAUUUGUUCUUCUCUCUGAAGCAUGCAUUCCCUUGUUCAAUUUCUCUACUAUCUACACUCACCUAAUCAACUCUAACAAAAAUUUCGUGGAGACGUAUGACGAACCCGGCCCGGUGGGCCGGGGUCGAUACCAUCCACGAAUGAGCCCGACGAUCAGACUUUCGCAAUGGAUGAAAGGGUCUCAAUGGUUCCAAAUGGAUAGGGAUCUCGCCAUCGAGGUCGUCUCGGACGAAACGUAUUUUCCGAUUUUUCAGAAGUACUGCAAGGGCUCAUGCUACGCCGACGAGCACUAUCUGCCGACAUUCGUGAACAUGAAAUUCAGAAGUAGGAAUUCGGGUCGGACCUUGACGUGGGUUGACUGGUCGAAGGGCGGGGCUCACCCGAAUCGAUUCAAUAGGCAAGAUGUAACUAUGGAGUUCCUGAAGAAGCUGAGGAGUGAAAGUCGUUGCGAGUACAAUGGUGAAAAGACUAGUGUUUGUCACUUGUUUGCAAGGAAAUUUACACCACAUGCUUUGAGUAGACUCCUGAGAUUUGCACCAAAGGUUAUGCAAUUCAACCAUUAAUUAGAAUUUAUUAACACAAUAGAUUUUUUUCUUAUUU